CCAAAAGUGCUACAUUUUGAAUAUAGAUAGUUAAUAGAAAUAUUUAAGUGUUUUUAACACUGAUAACGGAUCAAGGAUUAAUACAAGUGAAAUAGUGAUUGGAAAUACCAGAAAUUAAAUAAAAGUUAUAUAAAAUGAAUGAACAUACGAGUAAAAUAACUGUGAUAUUAUUAAUAAGUUUGGCUGCCUUGGCAUUAUGUCCCAUUCCACAAGCGACAGCCUCCUGCAUUUGGUAUGGGCAUACACAUCAAGAAGGACCACAUUGGAAAAACAAGGUAUAUAAUGGCGAAGCUUUACCACUAAAUAAUGCCGAAGCUGAGGCUAUUUUUAAAAGGAGAUGUCCAACUUUGUACCAAGAAUACAAAGGAGAGGAUGGACAAGCUGAAUUGGAAUUAUGUUGUGAUGCUGCACAAAUUGUUACCAUGGACCAGGGUAUCACCCAAGCGGAUGGUGUUUAUUCGCGUUGUCCCACAUGUGUUUUAAAUAUGGGUUUAACAAUUUGCUCUAUGACAUGUGCCAAAAAUCAUAGUCUCUUCUUGAAACCCUACACCAACAUAAAUAGCGCCAAUCAAGAGUAUGUUGAAAGAAUAGACUACAGGGUAGAAGAUACAUUUGUGGAGAAAGUUUACGAUACCUGCAAGGGUAUACAACACUCUCAAACGGGUAGACCAGCCAUGGAUUUGGCUUGUGUUCCCUACAAUGCUCGUUCAUGUGAUUAUCGCAAAUGGUUUAACUUUAUGGGUGAUGUAGAGAUCAAUGAAUAUGUGCCAUUUCCUAUAAAUUAUAUAUUCCUAAAUGAGACCUCAGAUGAGGACCGUCUAUCACUGUUUCCCCUGGAAUGUUCCAAGGCCUAUGAGAAUUCACAUGCCUGCGCCUGUAUAGAUUGUGCAGAUUCAUGUCCCUUGAGUGAGGUACCCAUAGCCUAUGAGGAUGUUUUCCGUUUGAUUGGCCUGUAUGGCAUAGCAGUAUUUGUGGCCAUUGUGGUGGCUUUAAUGGUUUUUGAAAAGUGUCGUUCCAAGCUGCAUAUACCCCGUUGUUUUGCAGGUUUUGCCUGUGCUGAUCAAGUGCUUUAUAAAUGUUUUCGUAGUUGGGGUGCGUUUUGUGCCAAAAAUCCUGUUUUGGUUUUAGCCAUUUGUUCUUGGGUUAUUGGCGGUCUGGGCUAUGGCAUUACAAAGAUGCAAGUAACCACGGAUCCGGUGCAACUGUGGGCCGGCGAAGAAAGUCAAACACGUCAAGAAAAGGAAUACUUUGAUUCACACUUUGGUCCCUUCUAUAGAACAAAUCAACUUUUUAUCAAACCUACUGAUACUUCAGUGUUCACCCACAACACCACCGAUGGCAUUGUAACCUUUGGUCCGGCUUUCGAGAAGAGUUUCCUGCUUGAAGUUUUCAAACUACAAGAGGCCAUUGAAGCUAUAGGCAUGGAAGAUGGCAUUGGCUUAGACAAAUUGUGCUAUGCUCCUGUUCUUUAUCCUGGAGAAGUUGGCACCAUUAAAAGCUGUGUAGUCCAGUCGAUUUAUGGCUACUUCCAAAAUGAUCUGGAGUUCUUUGAGACUGAAUAUGAACAAUUUGGUUAUACCGUCAACUAUUUAAAUCAUUUGGAAGACUGUUUAAGUGUACCCAUGAUGGAAAGCUGUUUUGGUGCCUAUGGCGGUCCCAUUGAACCGGGUAUAGCUGUUGGUGGCAUGCCAAAAGUCAAGCCUGACGAAGAUCCCAAUUACCUACUAGCAACUGGUUUGGUUAUAACAUUUUUGGGUAAAAAUCAAAAUGAUGAAGAUCUACUGGAGCCGAAUUUGGAAUGGGAGAAACGUUUUAUAGAAUUUAUGAAAAACUAUACCAGCAAUAAGCUCGAUGUAGCCUAUUCGGCGGAACGUUCUAUACAGGAUGCUAUAGUUGAACUGUCCGAAGGUGAAUUCUCCACUGUACUCAUCAGUUAUCUGGUGAUGUUUGUCUAUGUGGCCAUAGCCUUGGGUAAGGUGCGCAGUUGUGUGGGUUUCUUUCGGGAAUCGAAAAUUAUGUUGGCUGUGGGUGGCAUUAUCAUAGUGUUGGCCUCUGUGGCCUGCAGUUUGGGUUUUUGGGGCUAUUUGGAUGUGGUCACCACCAUGUUGGCCAUUGAAGUUAUACCAUUUUUGGUGUUGGCCGUGGGUGUGGAUAAUAUUUUCAUUAUGGUGCACACCUACCAUCGUUUGGAACGUCAAAAGUAUGAAAGUGUUGCUGAGGCUAUUGGAGAGGCUAUAGGUCAAGUGGGUCCCUCUAUAUUACAAACAGCUGCUUCGGAAAUUGCCUGCUUUGGCAUAGGUGCCAUUUCUGAUAUGCCUGCGGUUAAAACGUUUGCCAUGUAUGCUGCUGUAGCCAUAUUUUUUGACUUCCUAUUCCAAAUUACCGCCUUUGUGGCGUUAAUGGCUUUAGAUGAACGUCGUUAUGAAUCGGGUCGCUUGGAUUUGUUCUGUUGCUGCAAAAUGGGCAAACAGCCGGAUGUGGAUAAUUCGGUUAGCAUUUUGCAGAAAUUCUUCACUAAGUUCUAUGCUCCUUUCUUGUUGUCCAAACCCAUGAAAGUAAUCGUUUGUUUGGUAUUUUUUGUGAUUACCUCUUUGUCUUUAACGGUUACACCCAAUCUGGAAUUGGGUUUGGAUCAGGAAAUGUCUAUGCCUAAAGAUUCUCAUGUUAUUAAAUAUUUCCGUUAUAUGAAUGAUUUACUGUCUAUGGGUGCUCCCGUUUAUUGGGUUAUCAAACCCGGUCUAGACUAUACGAAUCGUUCUCAUCAAAAUUUGAUUUGCGGUGGUGUGGAAUGUAAUAAUGACUCCAUGUCGGUCCAGUUAUACACCCAGUCACGUUAUCCGGAAAUCACCUAUUUGGCCCGUCCUGCUUCAUCAUGGAUUGAUGAUUACAUCGAUUGGUUAGCUAUUGCCGAUUGUUGUAAGAUGAACUCAACAGAUGGAACUUUUUGUCCCAGCAAUUCCAAAUCAGACGAAUGUCUACCCUGUAAACGAGAUUUUAUGGAAGAUGGUUUGCGGCCAACUGAAUAUACUUUUAGAAAAUAUCUACCCUAUUUCCUAUCCGAUUUGCCAGAUAGUGAAUGUGCUAAAGCUGGUCGGGCCUCAUAUGCAGAUGCUGUCAUCUACACUUUGGAUAACAAUGGCAGCAGUCAUAUAUUGGAUACAUAUUUUAUGCAAUAUUCCACCACCUCUACCACAUCCCUGCAAUUCUAUUCGGCCUUAAAAGAGGCUCGUCGUGUGGCCAGUGAAAUCAAUGACAUGUUUAAGGAGAACAAUGUGGAUGCCACCAUUUUCCCCUAUUGUGUAUUCUUUAUAUUCUACGAACAGUACCUGACCAUAUGGAAUGAUGCACUGUAUUCUUUGGGAAUAUCUUUACUAGCCAUCUUCCUGGUGACGUUCAUUAUAACAGGUUUCGAUAUUAUAUCCGCUUUACUGCUGCUCUUUAUGGUCCUGAUUAUAUUGAUUAAUAUGUGCGGCAUGAUGUGGUCUUGGAGCAUAACAUUGAAUGCCAUUUCGCUGGUUAACUUGGUGGUUUCUGUGGGUAUUGGCGUAGAAUUUGUGUCGCACAUUAUACGUUCCUAUAAAAAUGCCGCUGGUACUACAGAUGAACGUGCCCAACAUGCCUUGUCGGUGACGGGCAGCAGUGUUUUGUCUGGCAUUACGCUCACCAAAUUUGCUGGCAUUAUAGUGUUGGGCUUUUCCAACUCGCAAGUUUUUGAGGUAUUCUAUUUCCGCAUGUAUUUGGGUAUAGUUUUGAUAGGAGCGGCUCAUGGUUUAAUAUUACUGCCAGUGCUGUUGAGUUUUUAUGGUCCUCGCGGUCCCCGUAAGAAGGAUGUGGAGAGUUGUGAUUUAAGUUAGAGGAGGGGGAGGAUAUGUAUUGUUAAGUGCAAGUAUUUGUAGAAUUUAGUUUUAAGUUUAAAUAUGUAAGUCCUAAACAAAUCAAAUACAAUAUUACUAGUAGUUCUUUAGAAUAUAGAGGAUUUUUGUACAUAAAUUUGAAAAUAAAAAUUAUUUUAUAAUUUAUCUAUUAAUAA